CGGCCAAUCGUAAUGUGCAAUUUCAGAGGUGGGCGUGACACGAAUAGCUUUAGCUCGGUAAAUACUAGAGGAAGCUCGGGCCAUCAAAUUUGUAGAAAACGACACUUCAUCGACUGAAAAAUACAAAGAGAGGAGACACUCCGCUGCAGGAGGUUUACCUGCACCCUUUAAAGGUGUCCCCAAUGGCGACCAACAUAGUCAUGGAUACAAUGGUGCCUCCUCAUCCUGUUCCAGCAUCGUUGGCUACAGCUCAAAAUGGGAUUCCCAUCCAGGAGCCAGUGCUGGCUGAAAUACCUGAGACAGUGGUGACCUCGCAGCCCAUUCCUGCCCUAGCUGCCAGUCAGGCUCAGCCUUCACAGCCAUAUAUCGCUGGUGGCCUUGCGCCUGGUUCUGAGCUGCCCCAGGCUCCUCUGCCUCCACCACCACCACCACCACCACCGUCCUGCACUAAGAACCCCAACUGCAAGAUCAUGACCUUUCGUCCAACUAUGGAGGAAUUUAAAGACUUUGCCAAAUACAUUGUCUACAUGGAGAGUGAAGGAGCUCAUCGUGCUGGGCUAGCCAAGGUGAUUCCACCGGAAGGUUGGAAACCUCGGAAAUCCUAUGAAGCCAUUGAGGAUAUGGUGAUCCCAGCUCCCAUCAUGCAAGUGGUGACUGGUCAGUCUGGUCUGUUUACCCAGUACAACAUCCAGAAGAAGUCUAUGACAGUGGGGGAGUACCGGAAACUGGCCAACAGUAAAAAGUACUGCACGCCACGGCAUAAAGACUUUGAUGACCUUGAGAGGAAAUACUGGAAGAACCUGACUUUUGUGUCACCCAUCUACGGGGCGGAUGUUAGUGGAUCCAUCUAUGAUGAAGACAUUCACGAAUGGAACAUUGGCCACCUGAAUACACUGCUCGAUAUGGUGGAGCAAGAGUGUGGAAUCGUCAUAGACGGUGUGAACACUCCCUACCUGUACUUCGGCAUGUGGAAGACCACCUUUGCCUGGCACACUGAGGACAUGGAUCUCUACAGCAUCAACUACUUGCAUUUUGGCCAGUCCAAGUCAUGGUAUUGUAUCCCACCAGAGCAUGGCAAAAGGCUGGAGAGACUGGCCCAAGGUUUCUUCCCUGGUAGUUCCCAAGGGUGUGAUGCUUUUCUUCGUCACAAGAUGACUUUAAUAUCUCCGUCUAUCCUGAAGAAAUACGGCAUUCCCUUUGACAGGGUAACUCAGAAUGAAGGAGAAUUCAUGAUAACUUUUCCUUAUGGCUACCACGCUGGCUUCAAUCAUGGCUUCAACUGUGCUGAAUCCACAAACUUUGCCACUCUGCGUUGGGUUGACUAUGGCAAAACGGCUUCUCAGUGCACCUGCCGUAAGGAUAUGGUCAAGAUCUCCAUGGAUGUUUUUGUUCGCUGCCUCCAACCGGAUCGUUAUGACUUGUGGAAGCAGGGAAAAGACAUCAUAGCGUUGGACCACAGUCGGAUCACAGAGCUUAGCAGCCCAGAAUUGGAGCGCUGGAGACAGCAUCGUGUCACAUAUAGAGCAAACCUCCUGCGCAGGGCCAUGCAGAAAAUGAAACAGUUCCGCCGUCUUAAACUGGAGGAGGUGAAGGUGCUAGCAGAAGAGGGCAUUGAGUUAAAUGCUGCUGAAUACCAGCGUCAAGUAGAAGAGCGGGAAGCCCAGCGGAAGCAGGAGAGAGAGGAGCGUCUUGCCAGAGAGGCCAUGAUGACCCUCGAAGCCAUGGAGCGGAGGGACCUGGAGGCUGCAGAAGUUGCCUCAAAAGCAAGUGAAAAUGCCGCUCAAGAGGAUCUAGACUCCCAACAGCAGAGGAUGACUGACAAUAUGACAGACGAUGUUGGAAUAAAGCCGAAAAAUGCCGCCAUCACUGGAUUUCAAGAAGCAUUUGAACAGUUUGCUGCGUCACGGUCUGUCAUCACAGAUGACACAGAGGAAAUAAGUUGCGACCAGAAAACAGUUUGUCAGGCAAGCUACUCCAGCAUGAAGGUGACAACCGAGGUUAAGAAGAGCCGACGCCACCCCCUCACCAAACCACCCAUGCGAUCUCCGUUGUCAGUUGUCAAGCAAGAGCCAACUGGUUCCGAAGAACUUUCCUCACCCGUGCCACAGAAAAGCAGCACAGAGGAAGAGGAGGACCUCUGGCAAAAUCGCUUCCGCAACUUCUUGGCCGAGAAAGCUUUCAAUUCUGCUGUGUCAGUACUCCAGCCACACUGUGCGGUCUGCUCCCUCUUCUGUCCAUAUAAAAAGCCAAACCACGAGCCCAGCAAUGUCAACGGCUCCCAGCGCACCCAAAUCCCAUGCCAUGGAAGUCGAACUCGCCCAAUCGUCCCCGAGAUGUGCUUUAGUGUUGGGACCGGCAGCACUGAGCCUCCCCCCACUAGCAACUACAUUGGGGAGGAUGGAACCAGCGUCUUGAUAUGUUGCUCCUCAUGCAACAUGCAGGUUCAUGCCAGUUGUUUUGGCGUUAACCCAGACAUAGUCCAAAAUAAGUGGACAUGUUCCAGAUGUGCAGCAGGCGCCUGGGCAGUGGAGUGUUGCCUCUGCAACUUGCGGGGAGGAGCUUUGAAGGUUACCGUAGAUAACAGGUGGGUCCACAUCAUCUGUGCCAUUGCUGUGGCCGAAGCUCGUUUCAUCAAUGCCAUUGAGAGGGAGCCAGUAGACGUCAGUGCUGUUCCAGAAUCACGGAAAAAUCUGGUAUGUGUUUUCUGCCAUGGCAAGAGUGACAGUAAGAACCGUGGUGCAUGCAUCCAGUGUUCAGAGGAGAACUGUGCAACAUCUUUCCACGUUACAUGCGCCCAAAUUGCUGGAGUUAUCAUGACACCAGCCGACUGGCCCUACAUUGUGUCUGUCACCUGUCACAGGCAUAAAAAAAUGACUCUGAAGCCACGAACACCAGCCAAAACGCCCCUGCGUCCGACCCUGGGUCAAAGGGUAAUUGGCCGCAACACUGACAGCUGGUAUUACCAUUGUACCAUCAUUGGCAUGGCAACGCAAACCUUCUACGAGGUCAACUUUGACGACGGCUCAUAUUGUGACAACAUAUACCCGGAAAAUAUAACAAGUCAUGACUGCCUGCGUAGUGGUCCUCCUGAUGUGGGGGAGUUGAUUGUGGUCAGCACGACUGACGGUCAACACCUCAAUGCUUCCUUUGUCAAACAACACACCCACAAGCUCUACCAGGUGGAGUUCCAGGACAAAAGUCAGCUCUUGCUGAAGCAUUCAGAGAUCCAUCUGCCGGACCAGGAACUGCCCAAGAGGGUCCGAACUCGCCUUGCCAUACCUACAUCCCAGGAGGAGACUCCCUUAGCCGACGAAGCCGGAGCAGCCAAGCGUCGUUGCCUGCCCACCACCUCGACCCCAUGCACUAAUGCCCUGCCCUCCGCGUGUACCCCAUGCACCAAUGCCCCCAUGGCAACGAUAUCCUCACCCCAGCCGACCACCCCUGUAGCAGCACCGGCGUCAGUGCAAUUUAGCAGCACGAGUAAACUUCCAGCCUCACAAUUUCUCUCCUCCAUGAGUGCGAGAUCAUCUGCGGUGUCCGCGUCCCCCAGUGCUACUCCGAUGCUCCCGGAAACACCAAUGGACACAGGCGGUGUCCUAUCCCACGUUUUGACAGACUUAAACUUGGCCUCGGACCCAACCCUAAUGACCCAGUCCGCCCCUUUCCAGUGCCAGCUGAACUCCGAUCCCCUUUUGUCAGCGCAAUCCCCUGCGCCACCCUCACAUAACAUUUCAGACAGUUACAUGCCGAGCAGCGGCUACGUCUCCUAUAUGGAGACCCUCCUGCAUUCACAUUUCCCUGAGGACGAGGGGCCGGCAACUCUGUUUUAGACAACAGCUCCACAGCGCCAUAACUAGACACCAAAUGGGAUGGAUGCUAAAAGAGGGAAAGUGUGGAGAGUGCUGCAAUUGCAAUUGGACACAAAUAUGUUGCACCAGCGCUCAAAGACAUGAAAGCACUCUUUUAAUGCAUGGAACUUUUUUGACGUGAUUUAAUUGCAGUGGCGCUUAUGCAGCAGCUAGAUAGGACGGGAAUUUUUUUCUCUCAUUUUGUUUCUGCUAUUAUUAUUAUUAUUAUUAUUGUUGUGGUGGUGGCAGUUUUUUUUAUUUUUGUAUUAUUAUUUUGGACUCUGUGCUUUUGCGUUGUCUCUGGGUGGGAUCAACUCUGUACCUCGUUGCAAGGUUCACUAUUGGAAGGCUCACAUUAUUGGUGUUAGGAAGCCAGUACUGAUAGUUUCAAGUAUGUCCUGAACAAAAAAGUUUCUUUUCUUCAUGUCAAAGUAACCAGCAACAAAUGGAUCUAUUUUUCCUUCGAGCCAAGUGUGGCUUUAACAGCUGCACACAUACAAUAUUCUUCAACAGGAAUUUUCACUCAAGUGUUUUUUCAUGUAAAUGCAGCAAUGGGUUUAAAAUGUAUUAUUGGUAAAGUCAGUAUUUAAAUGUCUUAGAUAUUGAAUCAAAUAACAACAAAACAUUCAGAAUCAGUCCACAGAAUACGUUCUGAAUAUGUAACACGGUAGUUAACAAAAAAUACCUUGUAUGUAUUAUUACCAUUGUUCAACGGUCUUUGAGUGACUCCCAGUUUUCACUUGUAAAACAUGUCUCAGGGUUCCUACCCUCACAAAAUAAAUGUAGUUGAGGGCUUUGUACUGCUAAAAAAAUUAAGUUGAACAUUCUUGAGUGAUGUGAUCUACUCACUAAAAUUUCAUUUGAAAAAUUCAUUAAAAUGAUUCACUUUUAGUAAAUUUGUUGUAUAAACAUAGGAACCCGAGGGUAUGAUGCAAUGUAUAAACUCUAUGUUGUGAUUACAGUGUGUGUCUUUUCUAGUUCAUCUUUUGGAUCGACGUUGAAAACUUGGCUAUUUUCAAACAUUUUUAUAGGAUUUCCUGGGCAGAUCACUCUCAAGUGGCACCUACAUGUUUUCUCCAGCCGUUUUUGCUGCAGAGCUCUUAAACUACUGAUACUUUUUUUUCCACUUUCAUCUUGUACAUAGCAAAGGUCUUACAUAUUGUGAUUGAAAUCUGUAAACGUCAAACAUGAACACCCCCCCACCCUUCCAUCAUAACCGAGAAAAUGUUUGGCUUUGUCUUCAAAGUAAUUCAAACCAAGAAAGAAACCUUAUUUCUUAGGUAUUAAAGUGGCUUGCUCGUCA